AUGUCUGACUUCUGCCCUUACUUCCGGCGCAUGAUGAUGACGUAACAGUCACACACCCCCACCCAGCAGAUUAGGAAGCCGAGGGGGGAGUCACGUGCGCAGCCGGAUAUCCGGCCGGCCGUCACCUGGCGUCAGGGCAAGAUGGCGGCGCUCAGGCGGCUCACGCUGGGUCCUGCCGCCGCUGCCGUCGCGCUGCUUCGGGCUCAGCCGGGAGGAGCCGGGGCGGGCGCGGCUGCGGGGCGGCGCUGGGUGCGGGCGCUGAGGCGGAGCCCGGUCCGCGUGCUGCCCCCGCGCAAAGAGCAGAGAGCGGCCGGGCGGGAACCCGCGGAGCCGAAGGGAGCCCGGCUGUGGCCGGCCCCGGAGAAGAGCCCGGCCGGGCAGGAGCUGCGCUUCGAGAAGGCGGAGCCCGGAGACAGGCGGCUGGGAAAAGUGGUGACAAUUGCCAAGUCGAAGAAGUUUCGCGACCAGCAUGGGAAGAUUCUGCUGGAGGGUCAGAGACUUAUCAAGGAUGCCCUGGACGCUGGAGCAGUGCCCCAGACUCUCUUCUUCAGUACUGUGGGGCACCUGAAGGAACUGCCUGAGGAAAAGCUGAAGAAAACCACUCUAGUUAAGGUGAAGUUUGAAGACAUUAAGAACUGGUCUGACCUCAUAACUCCUCAAGGGCUGAUAGGAAUCUUUUCCAGACCUGACCAUACCAAGAUGACUUACCCAGCUGUCCAGCAACAGAAUUGGCUGCCCCUGUCCCUUAUCUGUGACAAUCUCCGCGAUCCAGGAAACCUGGGGACUAUACUGAGAUCUGCAGCUGGAGCAGGCUGCAGCAAAGUGCUGCUCACCAAAGGCUGCGUGGAUCCGUGGGAGCCCAAAGUGCUUCGUGCAGGCAUGGGGGCUCACUUCCGCCUGCCCAUCAUUGCCAAUCUGGAGUGGGAAUCCAUUUCCAACUAUCUUCCCACAGACACACAGGUCUACGUGGCCGACAGCCGCGACCCAAGAACACAGGACAAGAUGGAGGAUGGGUCGGGAAAGGCCAGGUCGGGAAAGGCCAGCAGCUAUGGUUGGGUUUCCAGACCUCACAACUUGAAGGCUCCGAUAGGCAGAGAGGACUUGGCUUUUGAUUCAGAGAGCGAAGAGGAGGAGCAGGGAACAGAUGAGGCCUGGUUCCCAGAACUUGACACUCAAUGUUACCACGAGAACUGGACACGGGCGCCAGCAGCAGCAGUGGUGAUUGGUGGGGAGACCCAUGGUUUGAGCACAGAAGCACUUCGGCUAGCAGAGAGCACCGGGGGGAAGAGACUGAUUAUUCCUGUGGUCCCAGGCAUGGACAGUUUGAACUCAGCCAUGGCUGCGAGCAUCCUGUUGUUUGAGGGGAAGAGACAAUUGCAGCUGAGAGAGAAGCAAGAGAGCAAAGGACAGAAGUUCCCUGCCUUGGGCUAAAUUGUGCAGGAGACCAUUCUGCACAGACCGAGCCUCCUCUUCUGUAUGUUCCCAUGCAGGCAGCUUGCAGGGGAAUCAAUAAAAUCACAGGUUUUGCCACUGCUA